AUGGAUCCGAAAUACGCAGCCCGAGACGCAAACAUUUCACAGUCGGACAGUGAUUCGGAAGGCUCAUACACUGACGGAGACUCGGAAUCCUCGGGCGAUCUUGUCCUGGGUUGUGCAGCAUGGCAUACUUCUCAGGAACAAUGCGAUGGUUCUGCCGUCAUCUGCUGCAAGAAAUGCCGCCUCGUAGCUUAUUGCAGCAAAGAGUGCAGGGACAAUGACUUGGAAGAUCACCAUGCGCCAAAGAUUUUACUAUGUUAUCCUCGGUCGACAAACUAUCCGAACGGCGAGAUUCCAGACCACCCCUUAUUUGAAACGAUCAGAUUCUGGGCCAACUAUCCUGCGGCUGAUGUUUUGAACCUGGCAAAGAACGAAGGAUCACAUUUUGAUGGCGUCCUGCGACUUCUUCUCUUGGGCCCUUUCGCUCUGCGACACUUGAUUUAUUCUGUUGUCGCCAUGCCAGAGACGGCUAAUCCAUCGCUUGAGGUGACCCUCCUUGAAUGCGAAAUUUCCCAUCUUGUGCGGACGUUUCUUUCGCUACUCGUACUUUCAUUGGACACUAUCGACAGUUCUGUUGCCGCAGAAGUCGCUGUAGACGUGUGGUACUCGGCCAACUGGGCUAAUUGGACCUAUAAUUUAAUCGAGAAAUACACGGGACAAACGUUGCGCGACUUGGAUCAGAAAAUCCAGGCUUGGUAUGAGGAUAAGCAAGAUGAACUAACGUCGUGCUAUAAGGCCACAUUUGGAACUCCAGGCUAUCUUAUAUUUCAUGUCUCUCUGGACUGGUAUGUCUGGACGGACCUAAUAGACUGUUGCCUUCAAGAGCCAGAGCUGGGAUCAAUGGCCGAGGCCAGGGCAGACGAUGUAUCAAAAUACGGCGAGCCUCUAGACCGAAUAUUUCGCACAUUCUCGUCGUCAAGAACAGCAGCCUUGAUGAAAUGGCGGCUCGACGGCAUUGUACAGCCUCACGGCGAAUCGGCGACGGGGUACACGAUACCGAAUCCGGCUUUCAUCCUCCCUGGGACAGGCCAAGCCGAAGGGAUUACCAACGAGCCUCUGUCAGAAUGGCCGAUGAACGAGAUUUUGGAUUACGGCCCGUAUCCUGCUGAAGACGACGUCUAUGGCAAAAUGAACUUUUAUCUCCGCGAAAAGGUUAUGGCAUUUCGAGCCCGUUUGAAGAAGAAGCCAAUCAUUGCAAAUGUCAUAGCUUGUGGUGAAGUAGAGAUGCUGGGACACAUCUCAACAUACCACCAAGAAAUGCGUUUCUACGAUCGUAUAGAGGUUGGAAAUUUCUUCGACCUCGAGCCUCAACUGUGCUUAUUGUCUUGCGUUCCUCUGCUACGACACGCGGCUGAGAACCCAUGUGCAACCAUGCUAACCCUGUCCCGAGAAAGCGUUUUAAAGGUAGAAGACGAAGAGGCUCGGGAGACUGUAGACUUCGAGAAAUACAACCUAUACCACCCGGCUUUUGACCGGUUGGAGACCAUGGCGCCUCUGAGACAUGCUGUCGGUGAGCCAUACAGCGCAGUUUUGGUGCCCCGACAUACAAUUCUCUUUAUACACCGUCAAUGGAACUUGUUCUCUCGCAAGUAUAUAUUCAACCUAGAACGCUUUGGAUUCGCAUUGCCCGGAGACGAGAAACCGCAACACCCUAGAGCUCCCGUGGCAAUCACAGGGUACUUGGGUGCACUUGGAAAGGGAAAUUCAAUUCUUAGCAUGUGGGGAAAUCAUUUGUUAGAUGAGGAUAGUAACCCCACGGAGAAAGAGUAUAUGCGUUGGGCAAGUUGGCCAGCCGCGAAGCCACAGUUUUGGUUGGAAUGGAAAAGAAAGAGAGACGUGACUGACGAAGAAUUCUUCCAGCACCUUACAAUGAUGAAAGGAGAGGCGGCAUUGAGGUGGUGGAAGAAGUUAUAUGGGGGCUUUGGGGUGAAGAAGGAGGAAGAUGAAAGAAACGGCGGAGACGAGACUGCGGUGAAUGGGCACGCGAGUGACCCUCAUGAGGUGAGAGAGGAGGAGAAAGAUGAAGGAAGCGACAGAGAUGAGGCUGAGGUGAAUGGGCACGCGAGUGACCCAAGAGACAUGGCAACGCAACCGCUGUUGGAAAGGAUCCAAACAGGAGGAUGA